AGAUACUCUCUUGCGCAGAAGCUUCCCCAUUUCGUCUUCCCGCAGCUCUCAGGCGCAAGCGAGAGAGCGACGGCAAUGGCGGCGAAUCCUUCCCGCCGCAUGCUCCUCUCUCCUUCCCUCUCCCGACGCAUUCGACGCAUUUCGUCCUCUUCCUCCUCCUCCUCCUCGUCUUCGCUCGAACCCUUCGAGCCUCCGCCCGCCGUCACGCCUCGGAGAGUCGUCGUCACCGGGUUGGGUAUGGUGACUCCGCUCGGUUGUGGAGUGGAAGCAACGUGGAAGCGCCUGAUAGAGGGGAAAUGCGGGGUUCGAGCGAUCACGCCCGAUGACCUCAAGAUGGAUAAUUUCGAUAGGGAGACGCGGAUGCACACGUUUGAGCAGCUGACGUCCAAAGUGGCCGCGACGGUGCCCCGCGGUACCGAUCGAGGCGAAUUCAAUGAGGAAUUGUGGCUUAAUUCCAAAGAGCAUCGUUCAAUUGCAAGAUUCAUAGGCUAUGCGCUCUGUGCUGCUGAUGAGGCUUUAAGAGAUGCAAAUUGGAUAACCACUGAACAGGAACAGAAAGAAAUGACGGGGGUUUCUAUCGGAGGGGGAACUGGAAGCAUCAGUGACAUACUGGAUGCAGCACAAAUGAUCUGUGAGAAGCGCCUUCGUCGACUGAGCCCUUUCUUUAUUCCAAGGAUUUUGAUCAACAUGGCAUCGGGUCAUGUGAGCAUGAAAUACGGUUUCCAGGGGCCCAAUCAUGCUGCAGUAACAGCUUGUGCAACUGGGGCACAUUCAAUAGGUGAUGCUGCAAGGAUGAUUCAAUUUGGAGAUGCGAAUGUCAUGGUUGCUGGGGGUACAGAGUCCAGCAUAGAUGCUUUAUCUAUUGCAGGAUUUUGCAGGUCAAGGGCUCUGACCACAAAGUACAAUUCCUGCCCAGAGGAAUCUUCGCGGCCAUUUGACUGUAGUCGAGAUGGUUUUGUAAUUGGUGAAGGUUCAGGUGUCAUGGUGUUGGAGGAACUUGAGCAUGCAAAGAAAAGAGGAGCAAAGAUAUAUGCUGAGUUCCGUGGUUAUGGGAUGUCAGGGGAUGCUUAUCACAUUACCAAGCCACACAGUGAUGGAAAAGGUGCCAUUUUGGCAAUGACGCGUGCACUAAAGCAGUCAAAUGUUCGUGCUAACCAAGUGGGUUAUGUAAAUGCGCAUGCGACAUCUACGCCUUUGGGUGAUGCAGUUGAAGCGAAAGCAAUCAAAACAGUAUUUUCUGACCAUGCAUCAUCAGGUGCAUUGGCCCUGUCCUCCACUAAGGGUGCUAUUGGUCACCUACUUGGAGCGGCUGGAGCGGUGGAAGCAAUUUUCACGGUUUUGGCCAUACACAAAGGAAUAGCACCUUUGACUCUUAAUGUUACCAAACCUGAUCCAGUGUUCAGUGAUGCUUUCAUGCCUUUGACUGUUUCGAAGGAGAUGGCAGUGAGAGCAGCAAUGUCCAAUUCUUUUGGCUUCGGAGGGACAAAUACGUCGCUACUGUUCACCUCUGCCCCAUAGCUUAGAUCAAGUCGUGGCACUAUACUCUUGCUUCUGAAUGUGAAGAGGCUGUUCGAUGGAAACUGCAGAUGCAAUUGAAGCAAAGCAUGAACGCCGAAAAUGGAGGCCAAGAGAUUUUUCUUUUUCCUGGGCCAAGAGGGCCCGGGGGUCGAGAGAAUAACAGGAAAUGGCUCAUUGUUAGUCUUGAAGGGUGAACAGCAAAGUAAUAUGAGAUGCUGGUUGUUUCUUGUUCAUGGUACGAUCAGCACAUUGGUCGAUUUGUUUUGGGGCAGACAGGUGACCUGAUGAAAAGAGAAGAUGAGGCUCCCUUACCUUUUAAAAUUAAGGGAUUUU